UGAUAUUGACGCUACGACAGUUGCACCCACUGUGCCUACUAUAGUAUCUGAUAGUUCGACAAACUCAUCAAGCGAAAAACAGAUCGAGACCACAGAGUGUCUUACUCAAAGAGCCUCGAGUCUAAGUUGUAAGGGACGCGACAUAAUUCGACCGCCGAUUCCUCCCAACGAAGAUAGUCCUACCCAACCGCCUCAAGAAGUAGCAUACAAAUUACGUCAUAAAUAUAAACGGAGUAAAUGGAUAGACUCAGAGCUUAAAGCCUUAGAGAAAGGUAUGACAAAGUAUACCGAUGAGAGAUUAAUAUGGGUUCAUAUUCUGAAAGAUGAGAAGUAUGGACCCAAAUUAAGGAAUAGAUCUGCGACAGACUUAAAAGACAAAGCUCGUAAUGAGAAAAAAAGACGAGCCAGAGAAGGAAAAUCUAUUGGUGUUUUUCACAUCGCGACAGGCUAA